AUGGAAAAGAGAGAGGAGGAUGAGCUUGGGUGGCUGAUGGUGAAUAACCCUACUGUGCCUACUUCACCAUCAGGAAAACCUAUCCAAACCCACCCUAUGCCGGAAAAUCACCAUCACCCCAUGCCGGAAAAUUACCGUCAUCCUAUGCCGGAAAAUCAGCGUCAGCGUAGUGAUAUUUCACCUGCCGCUAUUGGUACUCCGGGAAUCCUCUUUCCUAGACUCUCUCCGGCGUCCAGAAACCACCCUUUUCUGUUUCCUCAGACUGAAAGCAACUCGUAUAACCCAAAUCUUGAUCACUAUGAUCAGAAUAUUGGGUUGCCAAAUACUAGUGUCCAUGUAAACCCUAGUUUUCCUGAAACCCUUUAUGACCCAAGUCUUGAAACUGUCUUUAGUCAUCUUAGCCUAUCAUCUCCUAAUCAUAUAUCUUCAUUCUUGGAGCCUUCUAUUUUUGGAAACAAUUCUUUGGUUAAUUCUUCAACAGGUAUGAGGUUUCCUCCUAUAUCAUAUGCACAAACACAGUACUCUAAUAUGGAUUUGCAGAGAAUGAGAGUCCAGUCUGCAGUGAGUGGACAGACGGGCCUGUAUCCAUCACCCCAAGGUUUUCCAACUUUUGGUGAUGACUAUCAGAGUUUAGAUGAUUUGGUUAUCCCCAGUUUGAAUUCAAGUAAUUUCAAUGAUUUUGAUUUCGAUAUUAUCUAUAACGAAGGGCGAAGUUUGGCUGCAACCAUGAAUAAUAGACUUCAAAGGUCUCGUCUGAAUCGAAGCGGUUUUCUAUCAACCAAUGAAUCUGGGUAUGGGGUUCAAAAUAUGUCAAAUGGUAAUGGGUUAAUAUUACCGUAUGAAUCAUCUGGAGAUGGGUUUCGAUCAUCCUAUGAAUCAGAUUAUUGGGUUCGAAAUAUGUCAAAUGGGAAUGGUCUUCGAUCACCCUAUGAAUCCGGUUAUGGGGUUCAAACUAUGUCAGAUGGAAAUGGGCUUAGGGCAAGAUCUGUGAAUGUAUUUGAAGCUGACAGUUUGUCGUCUUUGUACAAUAACAAUAACAAUAAUAACAACAAUGUCUACCGAUCGCGACAGCGUCUGAACUUGACAUCUUUGGAAGAUUUGAAGGGUAGGUUGUUCUCGGUGACUAAGGAUCAACAUGGGUGUCGUUUCUUGCAGCAGAAGAUUGAGGAAGGGAAUCCAGAAGAAAUUGAGAUAAUUUUCUCUGAGUUGAAAGGUCAUGUGUGUGAGUUGAUGAUACAUCAGUUCGGAAAUUAUCUUAUGCAGAAGUUUUUUGAAGUGUGCAACAAAGAUCAAAUGACUGAAGCACUUCUUUCAGUGAUCAAUAAUGAUUCUAUCCUCAUGGACAUAUGCCUUGAUGCACAUGGUACUCGAGCUAUGCAGAGUUUGCUGAAGCAUUUAAAGACACAGGAGCAAAGGUCUUUGGUGAUAGCGGUUAUAAGGCGCAUCACUGUUCCACUGACCAAGAGCAUGAAUGGUCAUCAUGUAAUAGAUUCUUGUUUGGGGUCUUUCUCUUCAGAAGACAAGAAGCAUAUUCUGAAUGUUGUAGCUGACAAUUGUCUUGAUAUUGCAACGGACAAAAGUGGGUGUUGUGUGUUGCAACAAUGUGUGGCUCAUGCUCGAGGAGAACCAAAGCAGCGUCUUGUGGCUGAAAUAACAGCUAAUGCAUCGGUCUUAGCGGAGCAUCCUUUUGGGAACUAUGUUGUGCAGUAUAUAAUUGGAAUGAAGAUACCGCAUGUUACAGCGGAUAUUCUAUCUCAACUUAAGGGGAAUUAUUUUUCUCUCUCCUUGAGCAAAUAUGGGAGCAAUGUGGUAGAGAAAGGUCUGAAAGAAUCUGGGGAAGACCAGGCAAUGAAAAUCAUCGAUGAGAUUGUUAGUCAUCCAAACUUUUUGACUGUUCUCCAGGAUCAAUAUGGAAAUUACGUCGCUCAAUCUGCCUUGGCAGUAUCUAAGGGGGCUAUUCACUAUAAACUGAUUACAACCAUUCAAAGUCAUUAUGCGGUCUUGCAUAGCCAUCCAUUUGGGAAAAGGGUGCUGGCAAAAGCCCGAGGGAGCAAGCAUCGUAUAUAUGCAUAG